UUUCUUAGUUUUAAUGAAAUGACAAAACGUUAAUUUAAAAAUUAAAAUGUAUAAAGUGAUCAAUGAUUUUGUUUUAGUUGAGCAGUACAAUAUACUAACUUUUUAGUGUUCAUAAUAGAGUAUUCAGUAUUUAAGAAUACUUUAGUCAUGAAGAUAUUUGUCAUGUGUAGACAUUUUUCAUCUGGGUUUUUACAAAAGAAACCAUGCAGAAAAAAAAUUCUUUUUGGUUUCCAGAAAUCAAACAUUUCUAGUGAAUCAUCAUUAAACCACAUCAUUAAAUCGUUUGAAAUAUCUAAAAUAGACCAUCAAAAUAAAUUUGCUUGUUUGCUAACCAAAUGUUUGUUUUGUAUGAAGAAGACAUUGUACAUAAAUAAAAUCACUGGUUGGUUUAUUUGUACACACUGUAUACGAUGUGGUGAUUGGGCUACAUAUAAGAAUAAUCUACAAUCCAACAUUACAAAAGAUAAAUGUAAUUCAAUUCCUAUUCCAAAAAUAUUUGAAGCUGAAACACAUUUUUCUGAAUUAUCAAGUAGCCUAAAGCAUUUCAGUACACUAGCAAAAAGCUGUAAAAAAAGUGUUUUAAAAGCCUUAGACUUGGAGAGCUUACCAACAGAAGGAAUUGAUCGUAUUCCAGGGUUAUAUGUAAAUUCAACAAAUACUGUACUAUACUUGACUAUGAUGCUGGAUAAUAAAAAAGUUGUCGGUUUUAAAAGAUUUGAUUUAAUUAAUAAUCAAACAGACAUUACAGAGCCAUAUGACUGUUGCUGGGGAAUAGUUCAAGUGCCACCUUCAAUAUCUAAUCGAGAUAAAAGCGCAGUUGUUGUAGACAAUUUAAAAAACUUACUAGUUUUAGCAGCUCAUCGAAUACCUCACCAUAUUAUUUGUACACCACAUGGCGUUAGAAAAUUGCCCCAAGAAUUAUUACCAUCAUUGGAACAUUAUGAUAAAUUGAUAUUGUGGUUUGGAAAUGAUCAAAUUGCGUGGAAUUCAGCUAGAACAUUUGCCAAAAAAUUAGUAGAAACCCGAUGCCAUUUUAUCAGGCCUGUAAGUGAUCAACCGUCACCUUAUUUAGCAUACAAACAAGGUUUAAAUGUUGAGAAAAUAAUUAAAACUGCAGAUCAAAUGGUUCAUCCUAGCAUUAUUCAAUUUUCAAUGAUACGAAACGAAGUGUUCUCAGAAUUACAAAAUCAUGAUAAGACUUUAGGGAUUAAGUGGUCUGGUUUUCCAACGUUAAAUAAUAUUAUAGGAGGGCACCGUCGAGGUGAACUCACUAUAUUAACUGGGCCGACUGGAUCUGGAAAAACUACGUUUAUGAGUGAAUAUUCUCUAGAUUUAAUUCAACAAGGUCUACCAACAUUAUGGGGAAGUUUUGAAAUCCGUAAUCAAAGGUUGGCAAAAAUCAUGCUCCAACAAUUUGCUAAAGAACCUGUACAUUUAAAUUUAAAUUUAUUUGACAAUUUAGCUGACAAAUUUGAAAAACUACCAUUGUAUUUUAUGACUUUUCAUGGUCCUCAACCUCUAAACUUGGUUAUGGAUGCAGUUGAGAAUGCAGCUUAUGUUUACGAUAUUGGUCAUGUAGUCAUCGAUAACGUACAGUUCAUGAUGGGUAUCGGUUCAAAGUAUAAUAUGGGAACAGAAAGAUUUUGGCAACAAGACACUAUAAUAGCAGAAUUCAGGCGAUUUGCAACGUAUUCAAACUGUCAUGUUACAUUAGUAAUACAUCCUAGAAAAGAAAGAGAUGCUGAACAAUUAUCUGUUAACUCAAUUUUCGGCACAGCAAAAGCCACACAAGAAGCUGAUAAUAUAUUAAUUAUACAACAUAAAACUCUAGAAUCAUUAAAAAUUAAAAAAUACUUACAGAUAGUGAAAAAUCGCUACAACGGAAAUCUUGGAGUGAUGCCUUUAGAAUUCAAUAAACAUAGUUUAAGUUUCGCUCAACAAAAAGAUUAAUUUUUUUCUUGUAUCGCAUAUUUAAAAUUUGAAUUAUGUAUACAAUUUUCACUUUGUAGUUACAUUUCUUAGUAGUUUUAUAGCAGUAUAAAAUGUACAUUUGUUUUGUAUAAAAUGUUUGUUAUAACUUUAGUAGGUAGUAACACAUAGGUAUGAUUCCUUUGUAAUCAA